CUGCUGCUGCGGCUCAGUUCUAGAGAGAGAGACGACGUCGUCUUCAACAGAAUGGGGAUCGGAAAAUGCAGCAAAAUCGGCCACAUUGUGAGAAUCCGACAAAUGCUGCUGCGGUGGCGGAGGAAAGCAACGCAUCCCGUUCCGGCGGACGUGCCGGACGGACACGUGGCGGUGUGCGUCGGGAAAAGCUGCAGGAGGUUCGUGGUCCCCGCGUCGCACCUGAACCACCCCGUCUUCCACAAGCUCCUGGCUCAGGCCGAGGAGGAAUACGGCUUCGCCCACCAAGGCCCCCUCUCCAUCCCCUGCCACGUCUCCGUCUUCGAAGAGACCCUCCGCUUCGUCAAAGCUGACCUAUUCCGGCGGCGCUGCGGCGGCGGCGGCGGCCUUGUCCGGGACGAGGAUGUUUUCGUCGAAUCUCGGCCGAUGAUGCUUCAGAUGUGUUGAAUUGAUUUCCGUUUGUCUCUCCUUCAUUGACUGCGGCGGGGUAACAUUUUUUUUUACCACGGGGAUGGCCAGAUAAUUAAUUAGAGAGAGCCGGCCUGGCAAAUACUGCCGGGUCAACUCAGCCAUCCCCCGAGUUCACUCGGAGUGUUUUUUUUUAAAAAAACUUGUUUUGUCUUUUCCGGUUCGGUUCGUGUUUGGGCCCGGUCAUGUGCUGAAGAAGAAAAUGUUUGAGAAUCUUGUCCUAAGCCUUUUUAUUUCACCUCAGUUAAAACAAGUGUAUGGUCGAAGUCUUAAAAGAAAAUGUAAUGAUGGUU